CUUCAACUCCGAGUUUUGGAUACCAUGCAGAUCAUACAAUGCAACCAUGACAAUAUUGAGUGCUAUACGGAGUAUGCGGUAUGCGCGGGCACCGGUUGAGGUCAAGUCUGCAGCAUCCCGGCGAACUCUAGUAGGAUAAAAACCCGACUGUGGACUCGGACUUCGGGCUUCGGCCAGGAUUUAGGGCCGAGCUAUGACUGCUAGGUCUAUACAGAGACUGCAUAUAUGUGAAUCAUUGGUGCCUAAUAGUCUGCUUACUUAGAAUGGUUCAAGCAUUACCAGAUGGUUACUAUAAAUGACGAGUGAUCCCUCACAAUCUUGAUCUCGUACCAAACCGAACUUCACAAGCAGAAUCCACUGGCAUGGCACCUCUCAAAAUCCUCAUCUGCGGCGGAGGCUGCGCUGGCCCAGCCCUGGCCCUGUUCCUUGCUCGUAGCGGGCAUCAAGUCGUCGUCGUCGAGCGUUUCCCCGUUCUCAGAGCCCAGGGGGCUCAAAUCGACCUGCGUGGUCAGGGAAUUGAGACCGUGCGACGCAUGGGGCUUCUCGAGACCAUCCGAGACGUAUGCGUGGGCGAAGGAGGCGCAUGCUGCGUGAACGCGCAGGGUGAGGUAAUUGCGACCUCAAUGGCGAAUACAUCAGGCCAAGGCGCGCAAACCUUGACGUCCGAGUACGAGAUUAUGCGCGGAGACAUAGUACGCACACUCUACGACGCGACCAAAGACAACGUACAGUACAUAUUCGGCAAGUCCGUCGAACAUUUCGAGCAAGAUGGGAAUGGGGUGACCGUUCACUUCUCAGACAACACGUCUGACACCUUCGAUCUCCUGGUUGGCGCAGACGGCCAAAACUCUCGCAUUCGAAAAGCCAUCCUACCGCCCAACGGGCCCGACCCCUACCGGCGAAUGGGGAUUUACAUCGCCUACUUCUACAUCCCCCGGCGAGAGACCGACAACAAUAUGGUGAAUGUCUACUUCUGUCCCGGCAGCCGACUGAUCUUCCGCCGAUCCCCCGAAUCAUCCGAAACAGGCGUCUACCUCAUGUUCCGGGACGAUUCCCCAGAGCUGCACAGCAUAUCAAAAGCCUCCGUCGAGCAACAAAAGGCGUUCUUCGCGCAAAGGUUCCGCGGCGCAGGAUGGGAGACAGACCGAUUCCUGGAAGAGAUGAAAACCGCAGACGACUUCUUCUGCCAUGAAUGCGUUCAGAUCCGCACCGACACAUGGCACAAGGACCGCGUGGUCCUCUUGGGCGAUGCCGGAUACUGUCCCUCGCCGUUUACUGGCAUGGGGACAACGGUCGGUCUCGUCGGGGCUUACGUUCUCGCUGGCGAGAUCAGCCGCAACCCUGAUAAUCUGCCGCUGGCGCUGGAAAACUACGACAAGACGCUGAGGCCAUUCAUCACCGAAGUCCAGAAGAUAAAUCCCACUUUCGUCCGGUGGUUCAUGCCUGAAUCGCGGUGGGGUGUUGCUAUUAUCCAGUGGAUCGCGUGGCUGCUUUGUCUGCUGCGCAUUCCCAGCAUCCUUGCGCGGUUUGCGCCGGAAGAAGAGGGCGGGUGGAAGAUGCCAGACUAUCCGGUACUUAACUCGGUGGCUUGAAUUUUCUGGCAGUGGCCAACACAUUGAAAGUGGGCAUAUACUCAGGAUAUUGACACAUCUUAGUACUGAAAAAAUAGGAUAGGCCCUAUAUGCUUAGUGAAUCUCCCCCUUCAAAUCAUUACAUGCCUUACGUUUGUCGUGUAUUAUAUAUAUAUAGUGAUGUCAUAAAUGGUACAGC